ACAGCAGCAGGAGAAACAGCAUUAGCGGAGCCUUACACAACCCUGCGAGAAAAAAAGCUCGAUGACAAAACUCAUAUCUUAUUACCAGCCCUCCUAACCUCAAUCUCUUGAAAGAUGAAGCUCUAAUGGAUUGAUCCCAGCCCGCUGUGGAUGAGUUCGCGCGUUUUAUGGAAAUUAAAAAUAAAGGCCCGUGUUCGGAGUGAUGAGCUUUAGCCUGUUAGCCCGACAGCUUCAACCUUUAGCUGACAGAAACCUCCACAUCUCGCCUAAAAACAACCUUUUAAUCUGCAUUAAUGCAGACAAUGGACUGAAGACAACUCAGACUACCAUAAUUGACUAGAUGAACAAAUCAAGCUGGAGGCAGACUCAGCGGAGAAUUCAACAUGAAGUUGUAUGUGUUUCAAGUCAACAAUGGAAGCACAUUAACGUUUGACACUGAACUUGCUGUCCAAACUGUUUUGGACCUUAAACAUGCCAUUCAGGCCAAAUAUAAAAUUGCAAUCCAGCACCAGGUGCUGGUGGUCAAUGGAGGGGAAUGUAUGGUGGCAGAGAGGCGGGUGUGCAGCUACAGCGCUGGAACAGACACCAAUCCAAUCUUCUUAUUCAACAAAGAGAUGAUUUUGUGUGACCGAGCUCCAACCAUCCCCAAAACAACCUUCACCAUUGAGAAUGAGAUGGAGCUGAAGGUGGAGGAGUCCCUCAUGAUGCCUGCCGUCUUUCACACCGUCGCCUCCCGCACUCAGCUGGCUUUGGAAAUGUUUGAGGUUGCCAAGAAGCUUUGCUCGUUCUGUGAGCGUCUGGUCCAUGAUGAACACCUUCAGCACCAGGGAUGGGCAGCCAUCAUGGCUAACCUGGACGACUGCACCCUGUCCUAUCAGAAACUCCUCCUGAAAUUCGACACCGCUUACACAAAUUACCAACAGGAUUUUGAAGACAUCAAAAUAAAACUCACCAAGCUUGGCAUUGCUGUUUCAGUCAUGGCGAAGAUUCCACUACUGGAGUGUUUGACUCGGCACAGCUACAGAGAAAGCAUGGAGAAAUCCAGCUCCCCUCACCCGAGAAUCACAGAUGAAGACGAUGACAUUGAAGAUGAAGAAAUAGCACAAGCGUCCGCCCGCUCUGCUGUCCUCUGUCCUCCUGACAGCCAGAAGAAUCAAAAGUCUCCUUCACCAGUCUCUGCUUCCUCCCAGGCGUCUUCCUCUCCUCAGGACAGACUGAAGAGCAGCUCUAGUCUGAAAGAAGCGUUACAGGAAGAGGAGGAGUCUCCUGAGAGGAUGGCCAUGCCCUGUUUUAAUGUCACUCUUUUGGAUUGGAUCAACGUUCAGGACAGACCUAAUGAUGUAGAGUCAGUUGUAAGGAAGUGUUUUGACUCGAUCAACAGGCUUGAUCCACGAAUUAUCCAGCCCUUUCUGACUGAAUGCCGUGAAACCAUUACCAAAUUGGAUAAUCAGAACAUGAAGGCCAUCAAAGGUCUUGAGGACAGAUUGUAUGCGCUUGACCAAAUGAUUGCAAGCUGUAAAAAGCUGGUCAAUGAACAGAAGGAACUUGCUCAGGGAUUUCUUGCCAAUCAGAAGAGGGCUGAAAACCUGAAGGACACCUCGGUGCUUCCUGACCUGUGUCUGAGUCACGCCAACCAGCUGAUGAUUAUGCUGACCAAUCACAGGAAGCUACUAGACAUCAAGCAGAAGUGUACCACUGCCAAACAAGAGCUCGCCAACAACCUUCAAGUUCGACUCAAAUGGUGCUGCUACGUGAUGCUUCACGCUGAUCAGGAUGGAGAGAAGCUGCAGGCUCUCCUGCGGCUGCUGACAGAGCUGCUUGAGCGCGUUCGGGUUGUGGAGGCGCUUAGUACUGUGCCACAGAUGUACUGUCUUGCUGUAGUGGAGGUGGUCCGGCGCAAAAUGUUCAUAGGACACUACAGACAAUGGGCCAAUGCUCUUGUCAAAGAUGGAAAAAACCUCUAUGAGGCAGAAAAAGUAAAAAGGGAAACCUUUGGAAAGCUAUUCAGGAAAUCGUUUCUCAGAAAUCGCUUGUUUCGAGGACUAGACUCAUGGCCACCCUCUUCGUUUUGCACGCGAAAGCCUCGAAGGUUUGACUUUGAGCUUCCAGAUAUCUCCCUGAGUGACCUGCAGUAUCUCAAGUCCUGCUGUCCUUCCGAGGUUCAGCCUUACCUCAGGGUCCCCACACUGUGUGACUUUGAGCCUCUUAACCAGCAUGUUGAGGUUCUCCAUCAGCUGGUUCAGGCAGCGCAGAGUGUGGACGAGAUGUCACAAACUAUCACAGACCUACUAAAUGAACAAAAGAUUUCCUGUAGCCAGAGUGCUCAAAGAUCCACUGCGUUAACACCCAGAUCUGAAAGCGCAAUUGAAAUCACCUCUACCUCCACCAAAACUUUGUCCGCUCUCAGUUUAAAAGCAUCGGACUGCCAACCCUUGGCGCUUCCUGGUCCACUGGAGGACCUGUCACCCGACAGCAUAGAUGCCCAGACCUUUGAUUUUGAAACUAUUGGCCAUCCCAACAUGGAUCCUGUAUUACAGCAAGGCUCGUUGGACUUGGAUUCAUUGGCAGAAAGUCCCGAAUCUGACUUUAUGUCCGCAGUUAAUGAGUUUGUUAUUGAGGAAAAUUUGCUGUCACCUAAUCCAAUCAGUGACCCCACAAGCCCAGAGAUGAUGGUGGAGUCUCUCUACUCCUCCGUCAUUAAUGCAAUUGAUAGCAAACGCAUCCAGGACACUACCACCCUCGAAAAGGAAAAUUCAAAGAUUGCUGCGAUCAAGCUAUCAGCAGACAGGUAUCGUUCUGCUGCCGAAGAGUCCCAGAACAAUUUGAGAAAAGUUAAAGAAGAUCUUUAUCAUUUUCGAGGCCUUGUUCUGAAAGAGCAACGGGACUUUGGGUUUGCUCUAAAAACAAUGACCACUGAGGUCCGAAAUGCUCUCAGUAGUGUCAGUUACUGUCACGAAGAGGAGUUAAAAGAAACACAACAAACCCAUCUCCAGAGUUUAAAAGAGGACCAUGAAAAGCAGAUACGAACACUCACAGAAGAGCUGGAGGGCAAUCAGAAGAUAGUCAAAGAUGUCCAGAGAGCAAUGGUGGAGUUAGAUGGGCUUGUGGAGCGCAAGGAAAAAGAAAUAUCCCAGCUGGAAAGUGAGAGGGAAAGAUCUGCACAAGAACUGCAAGAUCUUCACAGGCAAGCUGUGCAAAACCUUGAAGAGAAGAUCUUAAAGCAAAGCGAAGAACUCAAAUCUGCGUUGUUGUCCAAGGAUGAGCUAGCUGGGCAACUGGAGAAGCUUCACUUUGAGAUCGAGCAUGGCCAGCAGAAAAUCAGGCAGGAGAUGGUGAAUGCGGAGAAGGUGCAUCUUCAGGAACUGGAGACACGGUUGAACCAGCAUCACGAAGCAGAGCUGCAGACUUUCAGACUGGAAAAAGAAAGUGCGCUUGACAAACUUGUCCAAGACAACUUGGUUAAGCUAAGAGAUCUGAUGGAUUCCCAUUCUGCCGAACUCAAGGAGCGUGAUGGCCGCUCAAAAGAUAUGGACGCUCGCAUUACAGAACUUGCGGACGCUCGCUGCAAACUAGAAGUCGAGAUGGCUCUUAAAGAGGCUGAAAUGGAGGACAUGAGACUCCAAUACGAGGAAGCCAAAAGCACUCAGGAGGAGGUGUUGAAAGCAGAGUUUGCUACCCAAACAAACACCUUGCAGUUGCAGAUCGACACAUUAAGCUUGCAGCUUCAUCAGAAGAAUGAAGAGUACGAGGUGGGUCUGGCCGAGCUUCGAGCGCUUAUGAGGUUGGAAAAGGACCAUUGCAUCUCUGAACUCGUGGAUCGGCAUGAAGAAGAAAGCACUCUGCUUCGUCACGAGUUUUCAGCACUUAAGCAGAAGUCACAGGAUGCGGAGAAAGACUGUGAGGAGCGAGUCCUGAAGAUCGAACGCGACCACAAGGACCGGGUCGAUGGCUUACAGAGGGAAAAGACAGAAGAACAGAGAGCUUUUCAAGAGAAAGAGGAACACCUAAGGACAGUUAUUGGGGACCUGCAGGCAGAGAACUCACUAUUGUCUGGAAGGCUGGAGCAGGAGCGGGUGGAGGCCCUUCUGAGGGUGCAGGAGGAGAAAGAGGAGGCAGUGAAAGCUGCGUUACAAGAGGCCUUAAGAGACAUUCAACUCCAAAAAGAGGAGACUGAGACAAGACUGUUAGGACAAAUUGAACUACUUGAAAAUCAGCUCAAAGACAGACAAUCCACUGACACAGUGUCAUCUUCUGCAGAGCAGACAGAGGCCGGUGUUCAGGCUGAAACUGCAGUAUCAUUGGACAGUGGCCAGUGGACUGAGGAAAGGGCAUCGCUCUUAGCCAAACUAGAACUCCUGGAGCGGGCAAAGAACGAGGAGAUGCAGAACCUGAAGACCUCACUAAUUGCUGAGCAGCAGACGAACUUCAACACCGUUCUGACUCGAGAGAAGCUAAAGAAAGAACAAAUCAUCGGUGAUCUCACAGAGAAGUUGAACAGCGUGACACAGCAGCAAGAGAAAGAUAAAGGCCUGAUCGAAACACUCUCCGAGGACCGUGCCUCCAUCCUCCAGGAAAAGAAACAGCUGGAGGAGGAACUCAACCGUCUAAGAAGCACUGUCCUCGUCUCUUCGUCCUUCUUUCCACCCAAUCCCAUCAUUCCUGUGGUGGCGGAGGCUCACGGCGCCUGCGGUCCUGCACAUGCGGACACUCUCUCACCGUCCAUCCCUGAUCCAGAGAGACUGAUGUCCAUGGCUGCUUUCAGAGAGGAGGAGAGGGUGGAGUCUGCGGUGGAGGCCAGCAUGAUGACAGUGCACAGUGACAACUCUAUGCUUUCUGAAGAGAAGCAGCGCAUACUGAUUUUGGAAAGGACCUUGCAUAUGAAGGAGGAAGAGAACAAAAGACUCAGUCAAAGAUUGAUGUCACAGAGUAUGUCCUCCGUUUCGUCACGGCACUCUGAGAAAAUCGCCAUUCGAGAUUUUCAGGUGGGCGACUUGGUGCUCAUCAUCCUGGACGAGAGGCAUGAUAAUUAUGUUCUCUUCACUGUUGGUCCCACCCUUUAUUUCCUGCAUUCGGAGUCUCUCACUGCACUGGACCUCAAACCAGCGACAGGAGCAACAAGACGGCCGUGGGUUCUGGGAAAAGUCAUGGAGAAGGAAUAUUGCCAAGCCAAAAAGGCCCAAAACCGCUUCAAAGUUCCUCUCGGCACCAAAUUCUACAGAGUAAAGGCCGUGCCAUGGAACAAGAAAGUGUAAUUGUGUAAAAAUCGAUCACAUUGUAAUGAGCUCGAUAUGUUUUUAUGGCUUUUUUUAAGCAAGCGCGCUCAUGCUACAAAGUCAAAACCAUUUUCCCCCCUUCUUUUUUUUUUGGGCUCGGUUGCAAACCAUUUUAUCUUGUUUUUUAUAUAUAUAUAUAUAUAUAUAUGCAGAGGAUUUGUAAAUGUGGACCAAAUGAUUCUAACUUUAUGGACGGUUUUGACGCGGUCGCAACAAGUCUGUACAAAGAACAAAAAUGCAUUUGGAUGUUACAUAUUAGUUCAUCAUUAAUAAUAAUAUUAUGGUCAAACACUAUCACAGUCGAGCUUACUUACUUCAGAAGGCUAUGAAAAUAUUAAUGUAUUGUAAAUGUUACCAGAGGAAUGGUCACGGCAUGCGUAUAGAUAAUAUUUUCUUUUUAUUUACUUGGAUAUGCGUUGUAGUCGGAGGUAUCGGUUAAAAAAAAACACACAAACAAAAACAACAAAAAAAAAACUGCUGAUUGUUAACUCGCAGCAAAGUACGACCCGCCUGUUUAUUAUGACGUAUAUUUGGACGGCCUCGCAUUCCUUCAGAUGCACUUUCGGGGGAGAAAACAAAAAGACGAUGCUUCGGUGAUUCAAAAAGGGAGGCGUUUGUGCUGUCGGAAAACAAGCGUCUGAAGAAAAGCCGCACAUAUCUUCCCUGUCGUAGGAUGUUGAAAUAUAGAAAGUAAUAUUUCAUGUUUGUGAAUGUGUGUCUUUAUUGAAUUUAACAGCAACAUUGUAUAUUAUCCAUCAGAUCACACCAGUAACAAAAAAUUACUGUAUUGUAAAAGAAUUUAGAGUUUUCAAAACAAUAAAGGUUUGAUCCCAAA